CCCCGCCUCCGCCCCGGCCGCGCUGGUUGGGCUCCCAGCCUCCAGGAGCUGCGGCCGCGGCGCCGCCUCCGCCUGGGGCCCCGGCUUCCAGCCCGGCCGGCCCGGCCCGCGGGACAUGGAUCUGCGAGCACCGAACCGGGAGCCUCCGGAGCGCCCUAAACUGCCCGCCCGGUGCCGGGCUCACACCCCUUUCCAGCCCAAGCCCUGGAGACAGCAGCCUCCCGACUGCUGACAGCCAGUGACAGUAUGAAGGCUCGGGAUCGCCUUCUGCUCAUCAUCCUGUGCUCCUUGGUCUUCUCUGCUGUCUACGUCCUCUUGUGCUGCUGGGCCUGCCUGCCCCUCUGCCUGACGACCUGCCUGGAGGACCGCCUCCCACCUCUGAGCUCCAGGCCCACGGUGUCKGGGCCCCUGCACUUCAGUGGCUAUAGCAGCGUGCCAGAUGGGAAGGUAUCCUGUGCUGAUUUGUGGAUGUACCCGGGCCUGCAGAUAUACACCUUCACUGAGCGCAUGAUGGCGUACUGCGACCAGAUCUUUCAAGAUGAGACCGGCAAGAACCGGAGGCAGUCUGGCUCCUUUCUCAGCACCGGUUGGUUCACCAUGAUCCUGGCCCUGGAGCUGUGUGAGGAGAUCGUGGUCUACGGGAUGGUCAGCGACAGCUACUGCAGGGAGAAGAGCCACCCCUCGGUGCCUUACCACUACUUCGAGAAGGGCCGGCUGGACGAGUGUCAGAUGUACCUGGCACACGAGCAGGCGCCCCGGAGUGCCCACCGCUUCAUCACCGAGAAGGCCGUGUUCUCUCGCUGGGCCAAGAAGAGGCCCAUUGUGUUUGCCCACCCGUCCUGGCAGCCCCAGUAGUCCCUGGUGCUGGCUGGCUGGCUGGCUGUCCUGCCUCCRUAGGCCUGCGUCCCAACCCAGGCCACCACACUCCAUCAAGAACAUGUGAUUUAUGACUCUUGCCUCCUGCCACAUACCAGAGCACCUAGGGAUCCUUCCUACCCCGGCCUGGGGAUACUUGGAGCCAUCUCUUGUCUCAUAACUUGAGGGGGAAGGGGAGGAGCUUUCUCUGCCACUCCCAUUCCUGAGGAAUCCAUGUCUUCAUUUUGGGGCUCAUCCCACCACCAGGUCUCUCAAGUGUCCUUUGCCCUGGGGCCAGUGGCCCCCUCACUCACCAGCAUCAUGACCUUAUGCCAGUCCUGGUCCUUCCUUUACCCACCCCAGCUGCCUAUGGUGCCACAUUCUUGGGCUGGUGGCCCUAUUGAGGCAGCCAGCAGCCUGGGGUUUCUUGGUGCAGGGGCCUUUGGGCAGUGCUUGCCAGGGCCUCUCUGGAGCGUACGGGUAAACGUGUUUUCUGGACCCUGUCUCUUGUGC